UCAAUAUGAGCAGCAAGAAGAAAAAAGUAGAUUCUGCUACAGAAUUCUAUGCUGAAUUGGAAAAAUUAUCCCCAUUUGAAAUACAUAUAAACGAUGGAACGUCUAUAUUAAAAUUCAAAGUCGUCAAGAACAUCGACGUUUUACAUCUAGACGUAGCGAUGAAGUUUACAUUUGAAAAAUUUUCAACGUAUGUUACAUUCAUCGGAGUUGAACACGAAGAAAUGGCUCAAAUCGCGUACGUCGUCAUAUCUAAGUCGAAGCUGGAGGAGGAUCUUUUAGUAUUUUUGAAACAAAAAUUUGAAAAAUUUAAUUUAAAUUCAAUAAUAGGACCAUUAGACAAGGACAUAUUUUUGUCUUGUCAAAAUGUGUUCUGUGGAAUAAAAUAUUCCUCUUCGUGGUUCCAUAUACGACAGAUUAUGAAAGAUAUUUGGAUGCGCAAAAAAUUAAAUUUAAAUGGAAAUGAAAUUUUAAACAUGGCAUUGGCAUUGCCUCUUCUAAAGGAAGAGAAAAUUUUUGAAGGAGCAGCAACAAUUUUGGCAAACGUGAAAAAUGAAUCCGAACAAAAUUUUUGUAAUGAAAUUAUGGCUUUAUCAACCACACUAAGUUCACAAAUUUGUGUUUUGAACAAAAAAAUUGAACGGCAUUCCUCUAUUCUGGAAUCAACAGAAAAACAAUAUUUGUUUUUAAAAAAAUGCAAAACGCCAAAUGAUUUAAUCGAAUGCUUGCAAAAAUUGGAGGGUAAAUUGAUCGCGGUAAAAUCUCGUUCAGAGAUAAGUGCGAAAAUGAAAAAAACAAUAUCCAAAUACACGAUUCAGCCUGAAAAAUUGUCUGUUGAGGAAUCCUUAACAAUUCUUUCACACGAAACUUUGAAAUUUGGAAAAUUCCCAAAAUUAUUCGAUACAUUCCAAUAUGCAUUAUGUCAGCCUUCAAAGGAUUUAAAAAAUUUGGAACUGUUUCAUGAAAAAGGAGAAAACACGUCUGAUGAUGAUUGUUCAAAGACCGAUGAAGCUCCAUCAAUCAAAAGAGGGCGGCAAGUUGGAGCAAAAAGAAAUAGAAAAGACUCUGAAGACGCUGAAUCGAGUUCAGACAGAUCAGAACAGUCUCUAGCAAAGAAAAAUGUUCAAUCCUGGAAGCAGAGAGAUCUUUUUGUAAUAUUGGUGGAUAAAUGGGUCUUUCAAGACGACGCUGGAACUGAGGUUAAAUUCAGAUGUAAAAUACUAAUAUAGGAAGACUGAAAAAUCUUGGACGCAUAAUAGAGCCCAACACGCAUAUCUAAAAUAUCACGUUCAACACGGUUAAAACUUUUUAUUAUGGGUAAUCCUCACUUGAGUCUAAGUAGCAGAAGCAGAACAACUUUCUAUGGUUACUAUGCGUUUUCAAGAAUGAGAAUAAUUAAAAAAGUUACGGAAAAGCACUCUACUUUACUUGUUAAGUCGAAUAGUGAAUUCACGAGUAUUAUAAUAUUAAUUAUAAUUUAAUAAAUAAUUUUAAUUAUUAUAAUAUUAUUCACUAUUAUAAUUGUUGAGUGUUCUACUUACCCACACGGAGAGAAGUGCGUAGUAGAUCUUACUACCAUCUCAGUUAAAUCUACUAAACAGUAUCUUUCAUUUUGGACGGACUAAACAGUCAGUUAAAUGAACGAUACUGUUUAGUAAAAAAAUUUACACGAUUAUCGAUAGAAAAAAAUUUACCGACAGAAACGAAAUGUAGAAAUCUGAUUGGUUGUCAGCAAUCUGGUUAAUUGUGGACAACCAAUCAGAUUUGUGCAUUUUUAUUCUGUUGGUAAAUUUUUUUGUGUGACAGAACUAUAGUAGUCCCUCUGACUACGCUGUUUAGUAGAAUCUGCACUAAACGUAUUUAGUAGAAUAAACUAAAUCUCUUCUCUCCGUGCAAAUACACGAAUUUCUGCGAGAACAUACUAUUCGUUCACUUUUUUUAGUAAACAUAAAAUGGAAUAAUGACGGAAUAAUGACAAUUGAAAUGUUUAGUUAUAAGCUUUCAAAAAACAUAAGUUUUUAUGAAAUUGAUAACAACUGUCUACCAAUUAUAUUACGAAUUACUAACUAUAUUACUAUUACUACUACUACUAUUACUAAUAGAAUUAGUAAUAGUUACUAAAUCUGUAAUAAAUAACAAUUUACAAAUACUUAUUACCAAUUUGAUGAAAAUUUACGUGUUUUGAAACCUCAUAAUUAAACUUUCUAAUUGUGCCAAAUAUCGUUAUUCAGUAAAGGUCUUCAAAUUAUUAAAUAAAUUAAAAAAAUUAAAUAAGUGAAUUAUUUCAAAUGUUUGUAAAAUAAUUACAAGAUUGACAAGUUUGAUCAUUGAGAAUUAUAUUCAUAUAAUUUUGAUUUUUUUUUCUAAAACAUCAUAUUAAUUGACUAGAUUUUAAUUUAAUGUACAACGUUUAAACACA